GCAUUCCACCCAGCUCCAUUGUCCUUCCGCCCCCUCCAAAGACGCCAGAGAUAUCACUUGCCCUCAGCUACACAAGUUAUCAUGUCCCAGCUCAACUACGCUCGUUACGGCAAGGACAAUGUGAGACUGUACAAGGUCCACAAGCACCCUGAUGGUUCCCAGUCCGUCGUCGAGCAGACCGUCCGCGUCCUCCUCGAGGGCGACAUUGAGACCUCCUACACCGAAGCCGACAACUCGGUCGUCGUAGCCACCGACACCCAGAAGCAAACCACCUACGUCCUUGCCAAGCAGAACCCCGUCACCCCGCCGGAGCUCUUCGCCUCGAUCGUGGGCACCCACUUCGUCGAGAAGUACGCGCACAUCCAUGCCGCGCACGUCAAGAUCAUCACGCACAGGUGGUCGCGCAUGACCGUUGACGGCAAGCCGCACCCGCACAGCUUCCUGCGCGACGGCACCGACGUGCGCACCGUUGAGGCCGUUGUGCGCGAAGGCAAGGGUAUCACCAUCAAGUCGGGUGUUGACAAGCUGCUUGUGCUCAAGAGCACUGGCUCCGCCUUUUACGGCUUCCACCGCGACGAGUACACUCGCUUGCCUGAGACGUGGGACCGCAUCUUGAGCACGGAGGUCCAAGCUGAGUGGCAGUGGAAGCAGUUCUCUGGCCUGCAGCAAGUCAGGUCUGUUGUGGACAAGUUUGAUGAGGCGUUUGUGGCGGCGAGGAAGAUCACGCUGGACACCUUCGCCAAGGACGAGAGCGCCAGUGUUCAGAACACCAUGUACAAGAUGUGCGACCAGAUUCUGGCUGCUGCGCCUCUUACGGAGACCGUCAGCUACUCAUUGCCAAAUAAGCAUUACUUUGAGAUUGACCUCAGCUGGUUCAAGGGCCUGAAGAACACCGGCAAGGAUGCGGAGGUCUAUGCUCCCCAGACUGACCCCAACGGCCUGAUCCAGUGCACCGUUGGUCGCAAGGGCUCGCAGAAGGCGAAGCUAUAAACUAAUACCUCGCCAUUCGUGUUGUGAAAGCGGGUUGACGCAAAUGCAUGAUAUCAUUUAGCGAGGUUUGGCGUUUUUGGUUCAAGCUGUACAUAUAUCCUACAAUCGAUACGAUACUUUGCCGAA